ACAUGAUGGCACACUGUGCCGGCUGUGAACGGCCCAUCCUGGACCGGUUCCUCCUCAACGUGCUGGACCGAGCCUGGCACUCCAAGUGCGUCCAGUGUUGCGAGUGCAGCUGCGCCCUCUCCGAGAAGUGCUUCUCCAGGGACGGGAAGCUCUAUUGCAAAACUGACUUUUUCAGGCGGUUUGGCACUAAAUGCGCGGGCUGUCUGCAGGGCAUCUCUCCAAACGACCUGGUCCGCAAAGCGCGCAACAAAGUGUUCCACCUGAACUGCUUCACCUGCAUGGUGUGUAACAAGCAGCUGUCCACGGGAGAGGAGCUUUACGUGAUAGACGAAAACAAGUUUGUGUGCAAAGAAGAUUACGCCAGCUCCGGGGCCAUUAAGGAAGUCAACUUGAACUCAGUGUCGUCGUGUACAGAUAGGAGUUUAUCGCCGGAUCUGCAGGACCCAAUACAGGACGACAUAAAAGAGACGGACAAUUCCACGUCCUCUGAUAAGGAAACGAACAAUAUUGAGAAUGAGGAGCAGAACUCGGGGACCAAAAGGCGGGGGCCCCGGACCACCAUCAAGGCCAAGCAGCUGGAAACGUUAAAGGCCGCGUUUGUCGCCACGCCGAAACCCACCCGGCACAUCCGGGAACAACUGGCCCAGGAAACAGGACUAAACAUGCGCGUCAUCCAGGUCUGGUUUCAGAACAGAAGAUCCAAAGAGCGACGAAUGAAGCAGCUCAGUGCUCUGGGGGCCCGGCGGCACGCCUUCUUCAGGGGCCCGAGGAGGAUGAGGCCCCUGGGAGGAAGGCUGGAGGAUCCCGACAUCUUAGGACCCGGGGCCUACGGUUAUUACGGAGAAUACCAAGGUGACUAUUAUGGACCAGGAACUAACUACGACUUCUUCCCUCACGGCCCUCCAUCCUCGCAGGCUCAGUCUCCGGCCGAGUCGCCCUACAUCCUGAGCUCUGGACCCGGACCCAUGGAGGGCUCAGGCCACCACCCCUCAGACGACCAAAGGUUCACGGACAUGAUCUCCCACGCUGAAACCCCCAGUCCAGAGCCGGGCUUACCAAACUCCCUGCAGCCUAUCCCGGGGGAGGCCUACGGGGGCGGGCCCAGCCCCCCUUUCUCAUUGGCCAGUAACUCCAGCUACAGCGCUCCCAUGUCCCACCAAGGCCCGGAGAUGGGAGAGAGCACAGCCUGGUAA